AUGGCACCUCAGAAGACAGUCGGUAUCUUGGGUGGUGGUCAGCUCGGUCGGAUGCUCACCCACCCAGCCGCCUUACUCGGUAUUCCCCUCCUAAUCCUCGACUCAGGUCUCUAUACACCCGCCAAACAAACGCUCUUACCUCCAGAAGAUCAUUCAGGUCACUUAGAUGGACCUUUCACAUCUGAAUCGCACAUCCGGGAUUUAGCUAAGAAAUGCGACAUAUUAACUGUUGAGAUCGAACAUGUUAAUGCGGAUGUUUUAGAAGCAGUUGAAAAAGAGGGUUUAUGUGAAGUACAACCUUCACCAUCGACCAUUCGACUGAUUCAAGAUAAAUAUCAACAGAAGAAAUACCUUUCGGAAAAAGGUAUACCCGUUGCUCCAUUUGACGAAUUACCCCUCAACCCCACUGAACAGGAUGUUAAAGCGAUAGUAGGCAAAUUGGGUCUACCUGUGAUGCUCAAAGCGAAGACAUUAGCUUAUGAUGGACGAGGAAAUUCACCUUUGCAAAGUACUUCUUCGGAAAGUAUCAACAAAUCAUUGGAAUUCUUAGGUGAUAGACCGUUAUAUGCUGAGGGGUGGGCACCGUUCGUCAAAGAGGUUGCAGUGAUGGUUGUGAGGAAUAAAGAAGGUCAGGUGAAAUCGUAUGAUGCGGUAGAAACCAUUCAUAGGGAAAGUAUAUUACGAGUGUGCUUGGCACCUCUUAGAGGAGAGAAGGAUCUGAAUCAUCGAGCAAGGGAAUUGGCAGAGAAAGCUGUAGGACAUCUAGAAGGUGCUGGUAUAUUUGGUGUGGAGAUGUUCUUGAUGCCAGAUGGCUCUCUUCUCCUCAACGAAAUCGCCCCUCGUCCCCAUAACUCAGGGCAUCACACUAUCGAAGCCUGCCACACCUCUCAAUUCGAGAACCACCUCCGUGCAAUUCUAUCUCUACCCCUCGGAUCGACCGAGCUCAGAGUACCCUCAGCAGCCAUGGUAAACAUCCUCGGUUCAUCAUCCUCCAUGGAACCUAUCGAAUCCAUGCGGGAUAACGCCCUGACCGUCCCCGGAGCAGCAGUCCACUUAUAUGGGAAGAAAGAAUCUAGGAAAGCUCGUAAAAUGGGUCAUAUCACACUUACUGCACAAUCCGACGCAGAGCUCAACGAGUAUCUCCGAACAGUAUUAUUCGCUCAACCGGACGCAGCGGAUGAAUGGAUCGAUAAAAUCGCUCCUCCGCCAUCUCAGUCUCACUCGCACAAAAAACCUCUCCUGGGGAUUAUAAUGGGUUCAGAUUCGGAUCUACCAGUGAUGUUACCAGCGACAAAGAUUCUGGACCAAUUUGGUAUACCAUACGAACUUACUAUUACCUCUGCGCACAGAACUCCAGAGAGGAUGGUCAAAUAUGCUAAAUCCGCUGCUCACCGUGGUCUGCGAGCGAUCAUUGCCGGAGCAGGUGGGGCGGCACAUCUACCUGGUAUGGUGGCUAGUGAAACUUCGUUGCCUGUCAUUGGAGUACCGGUGAAAGCUAGUGUGUUAGAUGGUGUGGAUAGUUUGUAUAGUAUUGUGCAAAUGCCUAGAGGUAUACCAUGCGCAACAGUAGGCAUCAACAAUUCCACCAAUGCUGCCCUCCUCGCUAUAAGGAUACUAGGAACGUCGAUACCGAAUUAUCAGCUGGCCACUGAGGAAUAUUCUAAGAAAUUGGAGAAUGAAGUGUUGGAUAAAUGUGAGAAGUUGGAAGAAAUAGGUUGGGAAGGUUAUGUAAAGGAUGUUUUGAAGAAAUAA